AUGGCGACCGACCUCAGCAAGUACAAGUUCAACCACUCCAUGAUACGGGUGAAGGACCCAGUAGAGUCAGUCAAAUUCUACGAGUUUCUUGGCAUGAAGCUCAUCGACAAGUCCUCACACCCCGACGCCAAGUUCGACCUUUAUUUCCUUGCAUACGAUUCGCCUGGCGCUCUAUCCCACGGCGCUCAUCGCUCGAAUCGCGAGGGCAUUGUUGAGCUCACGCACAACUAUGGCACUGAAAACGAUACAGACUACAAGGUUGCAACCGGCAACAGCGAGCCAGGCAAAGGUUUUGGCCAUCUGUGUAUCUCGGUAGACAACAUACAGGCUGCAUGCAAGCGUAUAGAAGAUGCUGGGUACAAGUUUCAGAAGAAGUUGACAGAUGGGCGCAUGCACAAUAUUGCUUUCGUUCUCGACCCCAAUGGCUACUGGAUCGAGAUCAUCGCAAUGAAUGACGUCGAAGCGACUGAGAAUGUGAAAGAGACAGACGUUAACACUUACCGUAUGAACCAUACUAUGAUUCGGGUAAAGGAUAUCGAAAAAAGUCUAGAUUUCUAUCAAGACGUCAUGGGGAUGAAGCUUUUGAAGCAGAACGACUUCAAGGAGGCUGGCUUCAGCCUUUACUUUCUGGCUUACGGCUCCGGUGCAGGCAGCAAUGCCAGUGCCGUGAACCCUAGAGUUAAUGCCGAAGGUAUUCUUGAAUUGACUUACAACCACGGAAGCGAGAAGGACGACAGUGUCAAGUACCACAGCGGUAAUACAGAGCCCCAAGGCUUCGGGCAUAUUGCUGUUUCUGUUGAUGAUAUUGAAGCUGCAUGCCAACGUUUCGAAGACAAGAAGGUCAAUUUCAAAAAGCGUCUGACAGACGGUCGCAUGAAAUCGAUUGCCUUCAUAUUGGACCCUGAUGGCUACUGGAUCGAGAUCAUCCCGAACCAAACCUUGAAGCCUCGCGCUAAUGCAUGA